GCGCCCUACAUGGCCGCCCAGUUCCUAGGCGCCAUCGCCGCGUCCUUCGUGGCCAAGGCGGUCUACCACCCGGCGAACCCCGGCGCCAUUGUGGCCACCGUGCCCACGCUCGGCACCGCGGGGACCUUCUUGGUCGAGUUCCUCACCACCUUUGUCCUCCUCUUCGUAAUCGUCGCCCACGCCACCGAUCCCAAGGCGGUGAAGGAGCUGAUAGCAGUGGCAGCCGGGGCAGCAAUCAUGAUGAACGCCCUUAUCUCUGCGGAGUCAACGGGAGCGUCCAUGAAUCCGGCGAGGACGCUGGGGACGGCCAUCGCCACCGGGACGUACACCAAGAUCUGGGUCUACAUGGUGGCGCCGCCGCUCGGAGCCAUCGCCGGGACCGGGGCUUACAUUGCGCUCAAGCACUGAUGCACCGGUCCAUCAAUGCUUGCACGUUAGGAUGAAAAACUCUACCAGAGAAUGCUGCUAGGUCUAAAAUUUCUAAAAGAAAAAUAGAAAUUGUGAAUUUGCUGAUUCAUGCAACUAAACAAGGUAAAGAGUGAUCAGUGCAUAGCUGAUAGAUGGAUCUUUUUUGUCCCCAGUAGCAAAGAUUGU